AUGGGUGAUGCUUCUAAAUCACAGCCGUUAGCGGCUACUCUCCACCCCGUCUAUUAUGUAACUAAUAUCCAACAUAAAGUCAGGAUAUUGGAUGGAUCAAAGGUUUCUUAUGCUACAUGGGUGAAGCUCUUUCGCCUCAAUGCUACUGGGUACAAGGUACUCAAACACAUUGAUGGAACACCUUCACCAGCUCCCACCGACCCGAGUCACACAUCAUGGAAGGAGAUUGAUGCAAUCGUUUUACAGUGGAUCUAUGCUACACUGUCAAACGAAUUGCUUGUACGAGUGUUAGAGACUGAAUCUACUGCAUACCAGGCCUGGAAUAGAGUGAAGAACAUCUUCCACAACAACAAGGGAUCCAAGGCUGCUGCACUUGAACAAGAGUUUGUCAAUCUCACGCUCCACUCCAUGCCCUCCCUCGAGGCCUAUUGCCAACGAUUGAAGGAGAUUGCUGACAAACUCACCGACAUAGAUAACCCGGUUACCGAGACCCGAUUGGUUUUUCAACUUGUUCGUGGUCUUCCCCCUGAAUUUGAUGUCACAGCCUCUCAAAUCAAUCAUGAAUUGCCUUCAUGGGAAGAUGCAUGUGAUAUGUUAGACCAUGAACAACGACGCCAAUUGGCCCGUGACUCUGCUCAUAUCCCAACACAUGUCAUCGCAGCCGUCUCGCGGGAUCAACCGACACCUGCUCCUGCCCCUGCUCGUCGUGACUCAGCUCCUCGCAACAAUCAGCGCCGCCCCUCCGGCCGCCGCAAUCAGCCACCAUCAAACCAAUUUGGCUCACGACCUUCAGGUCCCAGGUCUGUUGCUCCUUAUGCAGUAUCGCCACCACCUUGGGCAGCCCAGUACUCCCAACAGUGGGCCCCAUGGUGA